GCAGUGACGACUCCUCGUCCUCCCCCUCCCUCUCCCGUCCUCCGCUAUAGUGAUGCAGAGGCCGUCGCCUUUCGAUUUAGCCUCCCCCUGCCCAAGUUAAAAACAGCAAUUAGAGAGAGACAGGCAGGAAACACAGACACAGAGAGAGAGAGAGAGAGACAGAGAGAGAGAGAGCAAAGCUAAGCUAAGCUAGCCCUCGGGCGGCCUCAUUCUCUCACUCGAGAAAGACCAAGAAGCGAUCAAAAAGAGACCGGCCGGGAAGCAGCUAAAAGGCCUAGCUAUAGCCGCCGAGCUCCGAGAGCAUCCACAGAGUAGGAGAAGAGUUUUUACGACGCUAGCUAUAGCGUCCGAGGGACUGAGGGAGGGAGAGGGGAGAGGUGGGUGGAAAUACAAACAAGCUAGCAAGGGGAGGAAAUGGUGGGCUCGGGCGCGGCAGGGGGCGGGGGGGAUCACGCACGGAGCAAAGAGGCCGCGGGGAUGAUGGCGCUGCACGAGGCGCUCCGCAACGUCUGCCUCAACUCGGACUGGACGUACUCCGUGUUCUGGACCAUCCGUCCUCGCCCGCGGUGCCGCGGCGGCAACGGGUGCAAGGUCGGCGACGACAACGGCAGCCUGAUGCUGAUGUGGGAGGACGGGUUCUGCCGGCCGCGGGUGGCGGAGUGCCUGGAGGACAUCGACGGCGAGGACUCGGUGAGGAAGGCGUUCAGCAAGAUGUCCAUACAGCUCUACAACUACGGAGAAGGGCUGAUGGGAAAGGUGGCCUCUGAUAAAUGUCACAAAUGGGUCUUCAAGGAACCUUCUGAAUGCGAGCCCAACAUCUCCAACUACUGGCAGAGCUCUUUUGAUGCCCUUCCUCCAGAAUGGACUGAUCAGUUCGCAUCAGGCAUCCAGACCAUAGCUGUGAUCCAAGCCGGGCAUGGCCUCCUGCAGCUUGGCUCUUGCAAGAUUAUAACCGAGGACCUGCACUUCGUGCUGCGGAUGCGACACAUGUUCGAGUCACUGGGCUACCAGUCGGGCUUCUUCCUCUCCCAGCUCUUCUCCUCCUCGCGUGGCACCUCGCCGUCGCCGUCAUUCCCGCUCAAGCAGCCGCCGCCCCCGCGCCCCCCGCCGCAGCUCUUCAACUGGCCGGGCCAGCCGCAGCUCCCGCCCGCCGCUGCGUCGCCGCUCUUCCCGACGGGACCGGCCGCGUUCCACCCGUCCGCGCGCCCGAUGCCGCCGUUCCCGGGAGGCGGCGGCAAGGACGAGGGCAGCCUGUUCCACUUCCCGCCGGCUCACCAUGCCAAGUCGCCGCACUUGGACGAGCACCAGCAGCAGCCGAUGGGGGCUGCGGAGCCGCCCGACAGGGACCUCAAGUGGCCCAACGGGCUGUCGUUCUUCACCGCGCUCACCGGGCGCUCAGAUGACGAGAAGCUGCUGUUCGGCGGAAACGGCGGUGGAAGCGGAGGUGGCGGCGCGGAUGACGGGAAGGCGAGGCAGGACGUGCAGACCGGGCACGGCGGGUCCGAGAACGUGGAGGAGUACCUGAGCCUGGAGAGCCACUCGAACAAGGCGAGGAGGGUGGAGAGCGCCCAGAGCACCAAGUUCAAGAGGAGCUUCACGUUGCCUGCUCGGAUGAGCUCGUCCACGUCGACGUCCCCGUCCAUGUCGGCCUCGACGGCGCCGGCGCAGCCGCAGCAGCAAGGGAUGGAGUACCGAGGGCCGCACGAGGGCGGCGUCUACUCGGACCUGAUGGAGACGUUCUUGGAGUAGUAGUCCAUAGCAUGCAUGAUCGAUCGGUGCAACGUCACUACGAGAAGCGUACGGACUUCGUGUUUCUUUUUCUUAUCCUCUCUUUUAUUUUUUCCCUUCCCAAGCUAUGUUUAAGGUUUGGAGUUUGCAUCUGUUUAAUUAGAUCUUGUAUUAUUUUUUUCGUUUUCUUUCCUUGGGUUUUUCCUUCUCGUAGUCGUAGUAGCUCGAUCGUAGUGCAAAAACUUGAUGGAUGCAUGCAUGCAUGCAAAGAUGGGCAUGAUUUUGCUUCCGUGAUGGCUGGCAAGUUAUACGGUGCAAUGAUGGUGAGGUACCAUGAACAAUGAUAUGCAACACUUAAUAAUAUGCGCUUUUCGUCCCCAAAAGUUAUCU